AUGAGUCACUCAAACCAGAGACUGGAACAGGCUCUUGCGGAAAUGUGGCGGAGACACCUUCGGGAGUGCGAGACCGCCACUGAUUUUAAGAACCACGCACUGCCGCUGGCUCGGAUAAAAAAGAUAAUCAAGUCCGACGAGGACGUGCGAAUGGUUAGCGCUGAGGCACCUAUUAUAUUUGGCAAGGCCUGUGAACUCUUUGUUCAAGAGCUGACGUUGAGGGCCUGGGCUAUCACUGAGGAGGCGAAGCGAAGGACGCUGCAACGCAGCGAUGUGAGCGCUGCCAUUCAAAAGACUGAUAUUUUUGACUUUCUGAUUGACAUUGUUCCGAAGGAAGAUUUGUUGGUAUCGCAACCAAACGUUCACGGUUCUCUCUCUGCGCCGCCCGUGCACGCGCUCUACGCCAACCGCAUGGAACACGGUCACGGAACCGAAACGGGUAUGUGA